AUGUUAGAAACUAUUAUUGAAGAAGUUAUAGUAGGACAACUGGGCGCAGUUUUAAUAUUUUUACCAGGAUAUGAUGAAAUUGUAGGACUCAGAGAUCGCAUACUCUAUGAUGACAAACGAUUUGCCGAUAAUUCUCACAAGUUGCAGGUUUUUAUGCUUCAUUCAAACAUGCAGACAUCUGAUCAAAAAAAAGUAUUAAAAAGUCUACCUAAUGGAAUUCGUAAAAUUAUUCUUUCCACAACUAUUGCAGAGACGAGUAUUACUGUUAAUGAUGUGGUAUUUGUCAUUGAUUCUGGGAAAGUAAAAGAGAAAUCAUUUGAUGCACUGAACUCUGUCACAAUGUUAAAAAUGGUAUGGAUUUCUAAAGCGAGUGCUGUUCAGAGGAAGGGAAGGGCAGGGCGCUGCCGACCAGGAAUUUGUUUUCACCUAUUUAGCAGAUUACGAUUCCAAAACCUGUUAGAGUUUCAGACGCCAGAAUUACUUCGGAUGCCAUUGCAGGAACUUUGCCUACAUACCAAACUGCUGGCUCCAAUCAAUUGUCCAAUUGCGGACUUCCUUGCAAAAGCACCAGAGCCCCCACCUUCACUUAUUGUUAGAAAUGCUGUUCAGAUGCUCAAGACGAUAGAUGCCAUGGAUAGUUGGGAAGAUCUAACAGAACUUGGUUACCACUUAGCGGAUCUUCCUGUGGAGCCUCAUCUGGGAAAGAUGGUUCUUUGUGCUGUAGUUUUGAAGUGCCUUGAUCCUAUUCUCACUAUUGCCUGCACUCUGGCCUAUCGAGAUCCAUUUGUUCUGCCAGUACAACCUUCACAAAAGCGUGCUUCAAUGUUGUGUAGAAAGCGCUUUGCUGCCGGAACAUUUAGUGACCACAUGGCUCUUCUAAGAGCAUUCCAG